UUCACCCCGACUAACAGUAUCUCUUUUUGGUACGUAAUUACGAGACCCUAAAAUACAUGGAUAUAUACACGCAUCUUAUCUGGAUGACAAAAAUUGUGGUAAAGGAACUGCUUAUCAAUGACGUCGAAUUAGGUCUCUUAAUCAACAAAUUACACAUAUAAAACACAACGCACGAGACUUGUUUUCACUAUCCAUCUUGACGUCAGCCCGCCAUCUUGGAAUUUUGAAUUGCGAACGCGCUUUUGUUUUUAAAGCCGAAGUUGGUGGACGUGUGUGGAACUGACAGUUUAUGUGUAGUGUUUUUUUAUUAUAAUUUUGGAGGUUAGAAUUAAAUAGUCCAAGCGGUUUAGUGGAAGAACCAUGGACGGUCCAAAGGGAUCGUGUGAAGAGAGGCUAGCAGACAACUGCAAGUGCGAGGGAGAGGUCACUAUUAAGAGCAAGAGGCAUGGCAGGGGCGCCGUCGAAUCGGGACUCACACACGAAUGUGGCGUUUUCGGCGCCAUCGGCACCGGCGAGUGGCCGACGCAGGUCGACGUGGGGCAGGUCAUCUGUUUGGGUCUCGUAGCCCUCCAGCACAGGGGCCAAGAAUCAGCCGGCAUCGUGACGUCAGAGGGCAAGAGUGCCCGCACAUUCAACUCUCACAAAGGCAUGGGGCUCAUCAACAACAUAUUCAACGACGAGGCCAUGAAGAAGCUCAAGGGGAACCUCGGCAUUGGUCACACUAGAUACUCGACGUCCGCAGCGUCGGAGGAGGUGAACUGCCAACCGUUCGUAGUGCACACGGCGCACGGCGCGCUCGCCGUGGCACACAACGGCGAACUCGUCAACUGCUCCAGUCUUAGGAAGAUGGUACUUGGCCGAGGCGUAGGGCUCUCCACACACUCGGACUCGGAGCUGAUCACACAAGCGCUGUGCCUCAACCCCCCCGAGGGCGAGACGGACGGCCCGGACUGGCCGGCCAGGAUCAACCAGCUCAUGAGGCUGGCGCCCCUCAGUUACUCUUUGGUGAUAAUGCUGAAAGACAAAAUAUACGCCGUGAGGGAUCCGUACGGCAACCGGCCGCUCUGCCUCGGCAAGAUUCUGCCCCUAGGCUCCUCAUAUGCCUACAAAAAAUCAUCAGAACGCCAUAACGAGGUUUUGAUGAACGGCAGCUCGAAGAACGGCAUAGACGAUAAAGCGGAAGGUUGGGUCGUGUCGUCGGAGUCGUGCGGAUUCUUGUCUAUUGGCGCCCGAUACGUACGCGAAGUUCUCCCCGGCGAGAUAGUGGAGAUGUCUCGGCACGGAGUCCGCACUGUGGACGUGGUGGAGCGGCCCGCGGACAAGCAGCAGGCAUUCUGUAUAUUCGAGUACGUGUACUUCGCGCGUGCCGACUCCAUGUUCGAAGGUCAAAUGGUGUACUCUGCGCGCAUGCAGUGCGGCCGUAUGCUGGCCCGCGAGUCGCCCGUCGACGCCGAUAUCGUGUCCUCCGUGCCCGAAUCCGGCACCGCUGCGGCGCACGGCUAUGCUAGACAGUCCGGCAUUCCCUUCAUGGAGGUUCUGUGCAAGAACCGCUACGUAGGCCGCACGUUCAUCCAGCCGUCCACCCGGCUGCGCCAGCUAGGCGUGGCCAAGAAGUUCGGCGCUCUCUCAGAGAACGUCAACGGCAAACGCAUUGUGCUUAUUGAUGACUCCAUAGUGCGAGGGAACACUAUCGGACCGAUUAUAAAGCUGCUGAGAGACGCGGGAGCCGCUGAGGUGCACAUCAGAAUAGCGUCCCCGCCCCUGAAGUAUCCAUGCUACAUGGGCAUCAACAUACCCACGCGAGAGGAGCUCAUCGCCAACAAGAUGGAAGCACCGAAGCUCGCUAAACAUGUCGGCGCCGACAGUCUGGAAUACCUGAGCGUGGAGGGCCUCGUGAGCGCCAUCCACUACAAUAUGAAGUCGACGCCGAGCGACGGCGUGGGCGGGCACUGCACCGCCUGCCUCACCGGAGACUACCCCGGGGGCCUGCCCGAGGCCGACUGGUGAACUGUACGGUAGGCUCGGGUCCAUUAACACUGUACAAUCUGCCAUUUGUCUAAGAGGGACCGUUAUGCUAUGCUAUGAAUGCUUUUUUCGAUUUUUUGACUAUUGUAAAAAUUAGUAGCGAAAAACAGUUUUCAAUACAAUUCUUUAAAUGCUGGUUUUGUGGCCUGUGAGUAAGCUUGAAUAAUACCAAGUUAUAUCAGCUCCUUCAAUAAGUCAAAUCUCUUUCCCCCUUAUUCAUAAACGUCUACUAAAGUUGACAAGCCGCUAAUAAUCGUUUGUCCCUUUCCGACGUAUUGCUAUGAUGGAAAGGGACAACAGAUUAUUAGCGGCUUGUCAACUUUAGUAGACGUUUAUGAAUAAGGGGGUUUAUGGUCACUUUUUUGUUAUAAAGUUGUCGUUUAUACAUGUACGUACACCGAGCCGCAAAAUUGCAUGGCCACUAGAUUUGACGGACACAGAUAAAAUCAACAUAUUUUACAUUAUGGAUAUAUACCAGCUUAUAUCUAAAAUAGGCCCUUGAGGCAUUGUACCAAGGGUGCUGGCGGCAUUUCCUCGUUGUAUUGCAAUACUGAUACGUUGUGCGAGGAAGCCGCCAGCUCUUCAGUCAACCUGACGCUUCGGAACAGAGAAAAUUGCUUCUAAGAUAUUAUAGAAAUAAUCCUAUGAACGCCACGCCUAUCGUCUGCGGCUCAGCAUUUUGAACCCUAUCGGAAUGCAUUAAGGUUAAUAUUGGGCGCGUCAGUUGACGCGUUUGGCGGACAAAGGGUUAAAUGGGACCCGAGCCUGUAUAAGAGAUAAUAACACAUGAGUACAACUAGAACACAUUUAUUGUUUCGUAAAAGUACACAAGAGUACUUUAGAAUCUAUUUUUCAACAUUUUCUAAUUUUUGUGUGCCUUAUUUUUAUUAUGUGCCUUAUAUACUUUUUGAGUAUAACACGUAUUUUUUAGAUUAAGAAUUGUCGUGCUGGUUUCGACUUAAAUGAAUAGACAUUAUUAUUGUUGGUUACAGUAAAAUUUUGUUAAAUUAAUAUUAGACGCAGCGGCUGCGAGAUCGGGUCAAAAAAAUCUAUGAGCAGUGGGAUGAAACUGAUCCUUUCGGGCAUACUCGGCUCCGUUCGGCAUAACAUUAUAACCUAUUGAAACUAUUUUUUGCAAAUUUGACGAGGUGAAGUUACUUUAAUGAUCCGAUUAAAUUACUUUAUUUAUAUCACUGUUUUUCUGUUCAAAAGAUAUCUGUGGUAGGUCAAAGGAACGUCAAGUUGUGCCAACCCUAAUAAUUGCCCGGAGCAAGUUUCCUCCCCCUGGUUGUGCCUGCAAAUGAGCUAGCAAAAUUUUACUGUAAUAUAUUUUUUUAUAAUUAUAACUAUUAUAAGGGUAACUCUCAAAAUGAUUCCUGUUGAUAUAAUUAUGUAUAGUUGACAUCAAAAAUAUGUUUACAUUUUUCGCCUUAUUACGCAGGAGUACGUCGACUGUACUUAUUUAGUGAUCUAAUAAUUUAGUUUUUUUACAGAUUAAUUGUGUCGAUGUAUAUUAAAAUUGCUCAAGUAUACGUAUAAUAAUCGUGUGAAAAAUCAAUACUUAGGUAAUUUUGAUAUGCAUUCAUAGUUAGAUUUUUUAAAGAUAUUCUAAUGUUACAGUCUCAUCUUAAAAUGUGUAACUUAACAAUUCUACUUGCAUAUGGGUACUAAUAAUAAGUACCGUGUUUGCUAGUUACAGUCGCCAUCAGAUAUAUCGGAGCGGCCGAGGUGCUCACAAAUAUCUGAACAUGCCUCUAUUGUCAAAGCGUGUUCGGAUAUUUAUGAGCACCUCGGCCGCUCCGAUAUGUCUGAUGGCGACUGAACACAGAUUGCUGCUUUAGGCAGCUGUCUGACCAGCGGCGAUGAAGCGAUUAUAGAUAGAUUAUUUGCAAGAAAUAUACGUGCAGAUUAAUCGUUGCUCGGUGUCUCGCUCCGUCGGUCGGGCGUCUGCCUUAUAGCAAAGAUGCAUUGAUUAAGACGUGUAAAAUAUAAGACAAUUUCGUGCUUCGAAUUUGGCAGGUAAACGAGAUGGUGCUGUACAGCUCAGGGCAGUCAAAAGUUGACGUUUGGCAAUUCAGUGACCGCAAAAUAUACCGCAGUGCAGCGCCAUCUGUUUUGGAUGUCAAAAUAAGGGGCACGUUGUUUUCUUAGACUUUACCUCUCUUUUACAAUCACUUAUCUUUGCUUAUAGGUACUAAAAUUGAUCUUAGUUAAUUCUCGAAUAGUUAGAUCUGAUAUUAAGGUUCCUGGACAUUAAAAGUUUAAUAAAUAUUUAUCGAAUAAUCGUUUCAACUUAUAUAGUCUGUUCGGAAAGAGAAGAGUCGUGGAAUGUUUUGGUCCCCAUACAUUCCACGACUCUUUCCGCACAGACUGUAACUUUACAUUUUCUGCUUAAAUUAUGGACCAUAAAAGUUCGCGGUAUAGCAUCAUUUUUGCCGAUUGUGAUAAGCAGUCUCCGUAGCCUAUGUGCGCCAGCAACUCCGGCGGAGUUACAUGCGCGUUGCCGGCCCUCACGCGUUGAGCUCUGGCAACCUUACUUACAGAGGAACACUAUGAGUAGGGUCUAGUGUUAUUUGGCUGCGGGUUUCUGAUUAUCAGAUUAAUAUUAUUUUAAAUUAAGGUAUAUUAUUAAAAAUGCGUCCUUUAAAAAAAAUUCUUAAGAGUAAAGAAUGUAAAGGCGAUUGUAGACUUUGUUAGAACGGGAUAUGAUUUAAAUAUGGUUGCCAUGCCUUUGUUCAUCUGUUUUUUUUUAUAUAUAUACAAUACAGGUCGAUUCACCAAAACUGGCGUGAAAUGAUCGAAUGAAAAAGUAUAUUGUGUGCAAGUAAGUAAAAAUAAAUGUUAGACCAAGUCUGCAGCGAUUUGAUAGAAAAUUAUAAAUAACACUUGCACAAUCUUUGAUGUCAAAAGCGUUGCUAAAGUCUAACUCUACUUAUUUGUUUAUUUCAUUUGCGUAUUUGGCGAAUCGAUGUGUAAAUUGUAAAUGGCUAUGGUUCGUGUCAUCCGCGAUGGCGCGCGGACAUGUCAAAUCUGACCUUUAAUAUCAUAACAAUACGAGUCAUGGCAGGCGUCGUCGUGAAUGCCACGACCUUAUAGUCUAUACGUAGAUGUAUCUUUAUUUUUAUAUUUUCAACUCUAUAAACUGGCUAAUAGAGUAUAAAUUGCAAGCACAUUGCGUGCGAUCAGUUGACAGUAGGUAUAAAUUAAGUACAUUCCACCCUGUUGGUAUAGAAUAAGAUGUUGUACGAAUGUACAACUAAAUAUAUUGAGAAUAAAUUAAAUCAUUUUGUUUGUAA